AUGCCAGCAGCAUCUAGCAAGAAUGCCCCUCAUAAAUUCAAGGGCAGUUAUAAGGAUGUUAGAUCAUUCUUAUCAGACUAUGAACAUUUAUGCAGGAAGCAUGCUGUUAUAUCAUCCAAAGAUAAAAUUGACAGUAUAUUUCGUUAUUGCUCAGAGAGUGUCAAUCGUUCUCUCAAGAGCAUGGACAGUUACAUCCAGUCUAGAAAAGAAAAAGCUGACUGGGAAGCCUUCAAGGAGGAAUUUUGGGAAUUAUUUGAUGCUGAUAGAAGUGAGCGUCAUUAUAAGAUUAGGCAUCUUACUGCCUUCAUAAAGAAAUCAAAGCUCAAACAAAUCAAAUAUCUCAGUAAAUGGAAAGAAUAUAGGAGGAAAUUCCUAAAAAUGUCCAGGUAUCUGAGGGAGGAUGGGGCUAUGAUACAGUCAGAAGAGGACUUGCAAUUUUGGAAAGGUUUGCACAGAAAAACUCGCACAUACCUCCAACUCCAUUUGCAGGCCAAAUAUCCAGAUCAUGAUCUUAAAAGCCCAUUCUCAGUUGCACAAGUUAAUGAAAUUGCACAGCAGAGAUGGGGUAGACAGAACUUUGAUCAGCAGAUCUCUGACACAGAACAAGAAUAUUCAGACAGUGAUUCAGAUGAUUCAGAUGAUAGUAGUGAUGAAGACAGUGAAAGUGAUAAUGAAACCUCAAGCUCAGAGGAUGAAGAUCGAAUUAGGAAGAAGAAACGAAAGUCAGCAAAGCAUAAAUCAACUGCUAGCAAGACUCACAAGAAGAAAACAAAGAAGAGAAAAUCAUCCCAUUCUUCAGAAGAUGAUGAACAGAAGGAGAAAUCCAAUAAAUCAUCAAAUAAGUCAUCAUCACAUGUAUCUCAAGAUGAUGAUGUAGAGGAUCUUGCAGAACAGCUGUCCAAGCUACAGAUAGAUGAUCCCAUAUAUAUGAUCACAUAUUUGAAGGCUUGCAUGAAGACACCAUCAUUAGCUAAUGUGCUGAAAAGACCUGCAGCAUUACAGGCAAAUAAUCAGCCUAUAGCUCCCAGAAUUCCUAGACCAUUUACAGCUGCAGUUGGCAAUAUUGCUAAUGCUACCCCAGCUACUGGGACUAAUAUGGACAGAAGUUGUUUUGGAUGUGGAGAUAAGAACCACACCUUAGCAAACUGUCUCAAAAUGCAGGAAUUAUUACAGCAAGGCAUAGUCAUAAAGAAUAACAUGGGUAGAUUUGUUAUGAAAGAUGGCUCAAAUAUUCUCAGAAACAUGAAUGAACCAUUCUAUCCUGCAGUACAGCGCCAGAUUGGCGCUACUACUAAUACAGCUCAAGUUCAUUAUGCCACUACUAGCAUAGACCCAUUUACUCUAUGUGUCCUAGAGGAUACAGAGCAAUUUGUGGCAAAUGCUCAUUGA